UUGAAGAUUUGCUUUGAGAAUUUGCUGUCUUAAUGAGCUGACAAUGAAUAGAAAGUUUUUAGUUUUGUAGGAACUUGCAAAUAUCUUAGCACGUAAUGCGCAGCAACUUCAUAAUUAGGACUACGCUUCAACCUUCAACCUUACACUUGAUCAGUGGUUUUUACAGUCAUCAGUAAUCUGGUUUUGACUGAGAAGGCCUCGCUUUAAAACUAAGAAGGAUGGAAGCAAUCCAAUUGAUUACAUUGGCAAUACUGGCAGACAGCCUUGGGGGUACAACCAUAAUCAACUCUCAGCCAACAAUGGUUUCAGAACAAACAAACUCAAACACACCAACUUCACUUGAUAACUCAAGUGCUUCUACAGAGCCCUGGUUAAAUGCAACUACACCAACCAUAGCAAGUACACCUUCAAGUGAUCUCCCUAACACUUCUUUGUUAACCAAUACACCUCGUGCCACUUCACAGUUCACAUCAGAGGUUUCAAGUGAGGUACAAUCAAUUCGGAGUGCCACAUCUCAAUCAACUUCACACUUGACAACAAAACACAAGUGGGCCAAGUCAACCUUGAUGACAUCAAUCACCAGUAGGUCAGCCAUUAAACAGCAAAAUAAUGCGGCAGCAGGCAGAAUUAUUGCAUAUGUCAUUGGAGGGGUGUUGUUGGUAAUGCUGAUCACAGUAUGUGUCCUUUUGUUGUGCAAAAGACAUGCAAAAAGACCUUCAGAGGACCAGACAUGGGCAGGAAUUUGUCCAGGGCCCACUGGUGAAAUAGAUCUACAUCCAUUGGAGGAUAAUGAUAACAAUGUUGUGCUGGUAAAACGCCCCUCACUCACCACCUUCUUGUCUAAAAAAUCAAAACGCGAAUCCUUACUGGAUGAUUGUAGCAUGGAGGUGCUGCAGUCUGAGGGAAUUGUCAAUGCUUCUUCACCCAAGAUUGAAGAAAAGCUCUUUGAGGCUGAAGUUAAAGUAGAAAGUGAAACUGCAAAAGAAAGACAACCUUCAAGUGAAACACAAAGCCAUUGUCCUCCUCUUGAAGCAGAAAGUUCAGUGAAAGAUCAUGAUGCAACUGCUUCAUCUCCUGCAAUAGAUACAGAGGAUCCUGGCCCAGAUCAGGAGGUUCCUGAGAUAGAUCCAAGUACCUCCUUUCCCCCGCCUCCAGAGGAUUUUCUGGAUCUUGUGAAUGAUUCUGAUAAUCCACCACUACUCCUUGAGCUACAAGUCUAAACUACAGCUUAGUAGUUAUAGCUUCAAAACAAUUGUACAUUGGCUAAAGUUUACCUAAGAUGCCUCCUGUAACAACUGUUUUUGUUCCACUGGUUUUACGCUUCAGCAUUGCUAAACCAGGUUCUGAAAAACAUCAGAUAUGCUAAACUAGAUCAUGCCUGAAGUGCAACGUACAUCAUCUCUCUGAAGUUUUAAGUGGUGUCAUGAUUUGAAAAUUGACGCAUACAAAAAUCCUCUAUAGACUGCAAUUUCAUCAAUGCACUUGUGCAUUUUUUAAAGCGUAAAAGAGGACAGCAAUGCAAGUGUAUUUUCUCAAUUCGUUUCACACCUGCCUCUGCGCCGACUCUGGUUAACAGUGAAUUACCUCAAAAGCCUUUUUACUUUUAUUAUCCAUCUACCAACUCCUUUCACAGCAGCCACCGCAUGAACAGUUCACAAUUAAAGACGUCAACUACAAUAAUGCAUUGACUGUUUAAGAUGGCAAAGAUUUUUUCAUAUACAAGACAACAAAUGGAGAAGCAAUUAGCUGAAGCAACCCUAUGAAAACAGUUUGAUAGGAGUUUUCUUUAGUUCAUGUUCCAAAUGAUAAAAAUGCACAGAAAAUGGGAUAAGUUCUAAGGACUGACUUUACCCAAAAAAAAUGUUAUGAGCAUACUGUAUUGAAAUUUGAUUUAAAAAUUCUCCAGCAGAUAAGUGUGCAAUUCAAAAACAGCAACUACGCUUGGCAAUUGUAUUCUGAAAAACUGCAGAUUGCCAAUUUCUUUCUUCAGGUCUCUGUUCUACUCAACCCCCACAGAAAGUUAUAUUUUAGUCUUCCUCAAAUCUUAAGCGUGAAUACAAUUUUGAAGAUUACAUACAGUAAAAUCAAAUCAACUUUCGCUUCUAACCAUACAGUAAUUUACUACUUUACAGGGGGAAGCAAGAUGGCGAAAGGCUUUUUUUUCACAUAGCAAAUGACUCCCUUCUUUCUCUGAUGCAUUACAUUUCCAGUCCUUCCUUGUAAUUAGUUUUGUCCAUGAGGACACCAUUUUCAGGAUGAGUCAUGGCUUUGGCAUAUAAUCUUAUUGUACCAUACUCCAAUGUUGGUUCAAAAAGGGGGGGAAAAAAAUUCAUGUUUUUAUGUCAGCAGUCACAGAAAACAGUUGGCAGAAAAUGUGUGCAUUUUCAAUUUGGUCAAUCAGAGAUCAGACAAUAACAACAUACAGAUGACAUGAAUUCAGUUACUCAAGGCAUCCAUCUUUGGACACUGCAUAUAAAUCCAACAUGGACAAGUAAAAUCAUUACCGAUUAACACUGAGAAGCGAGUUACAACAGAUUCAACCGAGCUUUUUGACUAUGAGGUUCAGCAUUAUUUUAGAGGUGCACAUUAAGACAUUUGAAUUAUUAUAGGAAUUCCACACUGCUCGAGCAGUUAAGUUCAACUCUCAUCUCUAGGAACUCACAGUGUGCCGUCUUUAACUUCAAGCUAUAUCUGCCCUAGAACAUAGCAAUGUCAACAGAUAUUUUUAAGAAGCUGAAGAAAUAGAAUUUUAUUUUGAUAAAGUGCACAAAACAGAUGUAGCUGGUAUAUUAAUUGCUUUCCAAGACAAAAACAAUUGCAUAAUCAGUCAUAUGAAGUGAAAACGGCAAUGAAUUUGCAUCAUUCUCAGUGGGGAAAUUUUGUUUAUUCAGAUUUUGUGCUAAACUUUAAAACGUGAAACGGCCAGUCAUGGGAAACAGGGAAGAGGGAAUGCAUCUCAAAAUGGUUACAGACAAAAUCAUUUAGUUACAGCUGUAGCUUUUGUAAAUAAUUUUGAAACCAACUCAGAUCUGCACACUGUCAUCUACAAGUUUUAACUGGUAUGUUGUAAUCAAAUAAAAAAGGAAAUGAAACUGUCAACAGCAGUUUUCAUUUGUGUAAAUAUUCUCCUACAUGUGUACCAGAACUUCACUUCAAGAUUUCAAAACACAUGGAACACCGGGUUCCGGAGAAUGCAAGAUUUUCAGGAAGUUCUCUGUCUAAUUUCCCAAAUAAAGAGAGAAAGAGCAAU